AUGUUCUUGAAGUCUUACCUCUUGCCUCUGCUGUUCUCCUUCAGCUCGAAUGCGCGGACGCUCUCGCCUCCAGUAGAGGCAGAUCUCGAGUGGCAUGCUCCUCGGUCUUCCUGGAUCAACAGCCUGGACAGCGUGAUUGAAGGGAACGGCGUCCAUGGCCUCAUCUUCAACAGCUCGCACCUGCCCCAAGGGACUCCAUACGGCACCUACAAUUGGUGCAACAUGCCUCAUGUGAGGGCGAAGGAAUACCCGGUUGCCGACGAGAAGUAUGAGCUGACCUAUGUCGAGGUGAUUCACAGACACCAUAAGCGAACUCCAUACGCAAGCAACACAUUCCCUCAAGAAGCUUACCCGUGGUACUGCUCUGACGAGGGCCUUUUCUUCUACGGCAAGCCACUCGGCAACGUGAUCAAGUCCUCCGCUGCGACAUAUUGGAGCGUCUACACGACAAGCACCAAUCCGUUCGCGCCUUCAGGCUUCAACGGGACAUGCCAGUUCCCACAGAUAACGCGCGAGGGUUCGGAGGACUCAUGGCAACACGGGAAAGACCUCUACGGCGUGUACCACGACCUGCUGCGCUUCCUCCCUGAUUCGAUGGACGGCAGGGUGACGUACCGGGUCACCAACAACGUUAUCACAAGUCAGGUUGCCGGCAUGCUCGUAGAGGGAAUGUACAGCCCAGACAGCGACGUUCCGCUUCUCAUCCAGCCGAGCUCCAUCGACUCCCUUGAGCCAGGCUAUGCAUGCGCGCCUGCUUCAUCUCUAUACAGCACCUACGGAGUCGGCAGCAAUCGCUCGAACUGGACAGCCCAUCUAGACAGAUCUGCGCCCCUCUUCUCCGCCCUUGAUGGCGUUUCCAGCGUUCCGUCAGACGAUGAGGGUUUCCACAGAUCCUUCGACCACUACUUCGACAAUCUCUCGGCACGGCAAUGCCACGCCAAACCGCUGCCUUGCAAGAUAGGGGACUUAUCGGAUUGCGUAACACAAGAGCAAGCGAACGCCGUCUAUCGCUUGGGCCAAUACGAGUACUCCUACAUCUACAGAGAUGCGCCUGAGUCGCUGCAGGCGGCGGUAGGUUCGUUCGGGGUUUGGAUAGCGGAACUGGCGCAGAACAUCCGCGACCACAUGAAUGGGAAGAGCCCUGUGAUAUAUCGACACAACAUCGCGCACGAUGGAUCAGUGUCGAGGCUACUGUCGAUACUCCAGGUUGAUGUGAUGGUGUGGCCUGGCAUGGGAUCAGAACUGGUGUUUGAGUUGUACAGAACGAAGGCUUCUGGUGACGAGAGAUAUGUCAGGAUACUGUGGGGCGGGCAGGUCCUCCGCAGCUCGAAUCCGAGCUUGGGUCUUGUGGAUAUGUUACCUGUUGAUGUGCUGCUUGCUUACAUUGAUGGCUUGGUAGGCCCUGGGGCGAGCACAGUUGCAGCAUUUUGCGGCGCGGACUAG